CCCAGUUGGUUUUGAAAUUACAUUGCUUCCGGACGCCCAGCUUCCUCAAACCCUUCUUGUGAGCCAUAAGACUCGAGGAAAUUCCCCACAUCUUCGACUAAUCGUUGGCACCACGUCGUAGUCUGGUCUAUUUUCGAAAUGUCAUCCGAUCUCACCUGGUUACUUGUCAAAAACUGGAACUCGCACCAACGCACACGCACCACUGAUGGCACUAUCUUCUCACUGGAGCCUGGCAACGUUCGCAAUAUACAAUCUCGCACGUUCUCCGGUUUGGCCAAUGAAAAGGUUUUCGACAUCAAGGAGUCGAAAGGAACAGUGGAGAUCCUUGCCCGCACGGAUGACGCUCGCCCCAACCAGGUGAAACCCAGCUUUACUUCCACCAAGCUCCGCCGCAACGCUGGUCCAAAACAUAUCAAGGAGGCCAUCGAUGGUUAUGCUGAGCGUGGAUACAACCCAAGACUUAGGAAGAUUGCUACCCGUCGUAUCGCCGCUUUGAUCCGCAGCACUCAUCCUCCAAAGAUAGUGUCUGCUUCGGAAUCCAAGAAGAAAUCAACACGUCGUUCCCAGAAAACCGUGGGGAAGAAAAAGGCUGAAUAAACGUUGCGAUGUUGUAGCGUUACUUUAUGCUUGCUUUGAUUUCCCCAAUAUGCCAUUGUUCUCUCACUCUUGUUUGGCUAUAAUCCUGAUCUUGUGUGCGAUGGACGCGCAGCGAGAGAGGGCGUGGUGACAACCCAGACAAACGCUGAAUACAAUCGGAACCGCACUCGAAGGUUGUAAAAUCGAGCUGGUAACAAAUCAGGAAAUGAAAGAAACGGCAGACAGAACCAACCCAAGGAUGAAGGGAUACGGCGG